AUCAGCCACUUGCUGGCAGCAACUCAGCAGAAAGGCUGUGACGCUCGGGCAGGGUUGGGCAACCAGGGCCUGCCCUUCUCGUUUCCCCGAGAAGAGCUUUAACCAAGGGCUCCCUCCUGACGGGCAGAGCAGCAGCACCAUGUGGAGAGUCGGGGUGCUCCUCUUCUGGGGGCACUGUUUUACCCACAGCUGGGACAUGACCACAGUGGAGCAAAAGACCACACUGAAGCACAAAAGUGAUGUGAAUGAAUGUGCGGACACCACCACGUGCCCAGCUUAUGCAACCUGCACCAACACUGUGGGGAGUUACUACUGCACUUGCAAACAAGGCUUCCUGUCCAGCAAUGGACAAAACCAAUUCAGGGGCCCAGGAGUGGAAUGCAAAGAUGUUGAUGAAUGUACUGAGAGCCCCCCACGCUGUGGUCCUCACUCAGCCUGCAAGAACAUGCUUGGGAGAUACAGGUGCAGCUGCCUUCCUGGCUUCUCUUCUCCCACUGGAGACUGGGUCCCGGGAAGGCCAGGCACUUUCUCUUGCAGAGACAUUGAUGAGUGCCUCACCAGUGGGAUCUGCCCUGAGCAUUCUACCUGUGUCAACUCUGUGGGGAGCUACCAUUGCAGCUGCCAAGCUGGAUUCUUCUCCAAUGGCUCCACCUGUGAAGAUGUGAAUGAGUGUGCGGACACCACCACGUGCCCAGCUUAUGCAACCUGCACCAACACUGUGGGGAGUUACUACUGCACUUGCAAACAAGGCUUCCUGUCCAGCAAUGGACAAAACCAAUUCAGGGGCCCAGGAGUGGAAUGUGAAGAUGUUGAUGAAUGUACUGAGAGCCCCCCACGCUGUGGUCCUCACUCAGUCUGCAAGAAUGUGCUUGGGAGGUACAGGUGCAGCUGCCUUCCAGGCUUCUCUUCUCCCACUGGAGACUGGGUCCCGGGAAGGCCAGGCACUUUCUCUUGCAGAGACAUUGAUGAGUGCCUCACCAGUGGGAUCUGCCCUGAGCAUUCUACCUGUGUCAACUCUGUGGGGAGCUACCAUUGCAGCUGCCAAGCUGGAUUCUUCUCCAAUGGCUCCACCUGUGAAGAUGUGAAUGAGUGUGCGGACACCACCACGUGCCCAGCUUAUGCAACCUGCACCAACACUGUGGGGAGUUACUACUGCACUUGCAAACAAGGUUUCCUGUCCAGCAAUGGACAAAACCAAUUCACGGGCCCAGGAGUGGAAUGCAAAGAUGUUGAUGAAUGUACUGAGAGCCCCCCACGCUGUGGUCCUCACUCAGUCUGCAAGAAUGUGCUUGGGAGGUACAGGUGCAGCUGCCUUCCUGGCUUCUCUUCUCCCACUGGAGACUGGGUCCCGGGAAGGCCAGGCACUUUCUCUUGCAGAGACAUUGAUGAGUGCCUCACCAGUGGGAUCUGCCCUGAGCAUUCUACCUGUGUCAACUCUGUGGGGAGCUACCAUUGCAGCUGCCAAGCUGGAUUCUUCUCCAAUGGCUCCACCUGUGAAGACAUUGACGAGUGUGUUGACAUGUGCCCCUUACGUUCCGACUGCACCAACACUCCCGGCAGCUACUCUUGCACCUGCCACCCUGGCUUUGCACCAAGCCAUGGUCAACGGCACUUCAGAGGCCAAGGAGUGGAGUGCAGGGAUGUUGACGAAUGCUCCCAGGACCCACCACCGUGUGGCCCCAACGCAGUCUGCACCAACACCCCAGGCUCCUACGGCUGCCGCUGCACCGCGGGCUUUCGUCCCCACCACGAAGGUUCCCAGACGCACGGCAACUUCAGCUGCAAACGGAUUCUCUUCAAAUGUAAGGAAGACAUGAUACCCCAUAAUAAGCAGGCCCAGCAGUGCCAAGCGGGGGCUCCAGUGGAGCUGGAGUAUCUCCCCUUUUGUGCCCUGAUGAACGACACCUUCCGCGUGCUGGACAAGACCUGUGAGAACAAAUCUGCGGCGUCCCUGCAGAGUGCAGCUGAGAGCUUCACCUCUGUGCUGGAGCAGAAGUCCAAGUGGACCAAGCUCAGUAGGGACGAGACGUCUGCCCUGGCCACAGUGUUGCUGGAGAGUGUGCAGAGCUCCACCUUGGCGGCCCUUCUGAAGCCCUCAGAGAAUGUCAGCCAGACGGUGCAGACGGAGCACUUAGAUAUUGAGAGCAAAGUUAUCAAGGAGGACUGCCUUGAGGAGAAUGGCUUUUAUCUGAAAGCCAAAGGGGAUGAGAUGAAGAUCAGUUGCUCCAUGAUCAAGGAAUCUAGAUCCUCAGGGUCCACGGGGGUGGCUUUUGUCUCCUUUGCAAACAUGGAGUCCGUCUUAGAUGAGCGCUUCUUCCAGGGCCCUCAGAGCCCCCGGGCCAACUUCAAGCAGAGGCUGAGGAUGAAUUCUCGCAUUGUUGGGGGCAUCAUAACCGGGGAGAAGAAGGACAACCUCUCGGAACCUGUCAUCUAUGUCCUGGAGAACCUUCAGCCGAAGCAGAAGUCCGAGAGGCCCAUCUGCGUGUCCUGGAGCUCAGACGUGGGGGAUGGUGGGUGGACGCCGGCCGGCUGUGAGGUCCUGAAAGUUCUGGAGACACACACAGUCUGCAGCUGUGACCGGCUGGCCAACUUGGCCAUCAUCAUGGCUCUUGAGGAGCUCCCGGUGGCGGUCUCCUUGGAAAUCAUUAGCCUCGUGGGCCUGAGCCUCUCCCUGGUGUGCCUUGUCCUGGCCAUUGCCACCUUCCUGCUGUGCCGUGCCAUUCGCAGCCGCAACACCUCCCUCCACCUGCACCUCUGCGUGUGUCUCUUCCUGGCCAAGAUUCUCUUCCUCACUGGUGUAGACAAGACGGACAACCAGACGGGCUGUGCCAUCAUUGCCGGGUGCCUCCACUACCUUUUCCUGGCCUGCUUCUCCUGGACGCUGGUGGAGGCCGUGACCCUCUUCCUGAUGGUCAGAAACCUGAAGGUGGUGAACUACUUCAGCUCCCACAACAUCAGCAUGCUGUACCUCUGUGCCUUUGGCUACGGGUUCCCAGGGCUGGUGGUGGCCAUCUCUGCCAGCAUGUACCUCCAGGGCUAUGGGACGCAUAACCGCUGCUGGCUCAGCACAGCCAGAGGCUUCAUCUGGAGUUUUCUGGGGCCGGUGUCCGUGAUCAUACUGAUCAACUUCGUCCUCCUCACCUGGACGCUGUGCAUCCUGAGGCAGAAGCUUUCCAGCGUCAACGCUGAGGUCUCCAAGCUCAGAGACACCAGGUUGCUGACCUUCAAAGCAUUUGCCCAAUUCUUCAUCCUGGGCUGCCCCUGGGUGUUGGGCUUCUUCCAGAUUGGACAGAUGGCGAGCAUCAUGGCGUACCUGUUCACCAUCAUCAACAGCCUGCAGGGGACGUUCAUCUUCGUCAUCCACUGUCUGCUCAGCCGCCAGGUACGAGAAGAGUACAGGAGGUGGCUCACCAGGAAGACCAAGCCCAGCUCCCAGUCCCAGACCUCGGGCAUCCUGCUGUCCUCCAUGCCCUCCUCGUCCAAGACGGGUUAAAGUGCUUUCCUGCUUUCUCAUACACUAUCCUGGAACAGCCUUUGGGAAUUUUAAGUGCCUGCAGGAGCCUGGUCUGAUUUCCCUUCUCUGCCUGCUAUGGAGAUGCAAGAUCCCACCAGCUCUGAACUCUCGGGAUGGGUGGGGACGGGGGUCUCAUGCACUGGUGAGAAUCAAGAGUUUCUGCUGCAAAUUACUGUUUAUCCUCUGUAACUUGCAACUCCCUGUAUUUCCAGAGUUGUUGGAAAUGAUCGCAGUGCAAGGUAGGACUGAGGACAGGUGGCUACAUUGUUUUUCUCCUGCAUUGGUUGGUUCAGGGGUCUGAGUGUGGCCUCUGCAUAUGUCACGUGCCUGGCAUAGAGCAGGUUUCAGGAAGUGACUGGUUGUCUGAGUGAGUUACCAUGAGACACAUGCUCUCCCUGCUUUUAAAGAAAUGAUCAAUAAAACCUGGUGGAAGUUCCUCAGUACAUAGGCAGAGGCUUCUUUCACACAGAAAAUUAACAGAAUUUGACUGGUGAGUGGGAGCCUUCGAUGGAACAGAGUCCAGUGUUUCUUGAAGAGAAGCACUUGGUGACAACACCCUUUGGCAAAUGCCUUGGUUUCCAGGGUGUCCAGGGAACCAACACCCCCUUGUUUCUGGCAGAAACUUCCCUGUGACUUGGGUAGGGUUCUCUGCUCAGAAAAUUAUCAGCCCUGUUCAUCAAAUCUUGGGUGCUUAGGGGAGAGAAGAGGGGUGAGAAUUUAAAUUGUAGACAACCUCCCUUCAGUGGGCACUCGAAAACCUCCCUAUGCAGAGUGUGGUCCACGGACCAGCAACAUCACAUCACUCCAGAGCUUUGCUGGCAAAACGAGCCCCGCCUCAGACCACACCCCGGACCUACAGCUCAGAGCCUGAAUUUUAACGUGACCCCAGGAGAUGUGGAUGAACUUGGGCAUCUGAGGUGUCAGGAUGUCCCUCUGCUCACCAGGCUGAUAGCAGGUGUAUCCUGGAAGCCGGGAGGAAAGCCUUCUCCUCUUGAAUCUACGUCUCUGCACCUGGCUUCUCUUCCUUGGAAACCUUCCCUCAAAAUUGCUAAAUUUCUACUUUCCCUGAGACUUGGUUUAAUCACGCUUCUAGUAGGAAGAGUUCUUUGCAUUGGCUGGGGUAGGAUGCGGUAUCAUCUUUGAACGACCCCACGAACCUCAUGUUUUGUCACCCCGUAUUGUACUUUCUCUUUUAUUGGUGUGUCCAACUUAAAAUGUGUCUCCAGCAGGAUGGAUAUUUGCACAUACUAGAUUCUUAAUAAAGAUGUUGGAUGACUGACUGAA